CAUUUUUACAUUUUGUAAAACACUUUAACAAGUUUCGAAACACUUUUACAAGUUUUUUACGAAAAUUACAUUUUAGAAAAAACUUUUGCAAGUUCCGGAACAAAAUAACAUCUUAGAAAACAUUUUUGCAAGUUCAAAAAAACAUUUUUGCAAGUUCAAAAAAACAUUUUUGCAAGUUCAUUUUUCUUACGGAAAGGGAAUGUCCAAGCUCCGAUGUUGACCCGGAAGUGAUAACGAAAGCGCUCGAAUUCAAGUUCAUUCAUAGCGAUUCAAGAUGGACAGCGGUAGAGCAGCGUUUUGUCCGUUCUGUGGCCAACACAUGAGACGAUUAACACGGUUUUGUUUUUCGUGUGGCAGGUCUUUAGAGUGUUUAAAUCGCGCUGACCAGACGGAAGGACUAGAUGUGCUGCAGCAGUGCACACUCUAUUUUCAUGAGGGACACUCGUACGCUGCGAUCGUGGACAUGAUGUCGUGUUUACAUGAUGUACAGAUCAGUUUGAGGUCUCUGAAAGGCAAACUUAAUGACGCCGGGUUAUACCGCAGAAGGAAUUUCUCCUCUAGAGACGCAGUAAUUAGGACAAUACGUCUGGAACUUCGCGGACCUGGACAGCUGUUUGGCUACCGCACGAUGUGGCAGGUACUCAAACAAAAGUACAAGUUGCAAGUGAGGAGGGAUCUUGUAAUGACUUUGCUCCGGGAGCUCAAUCCUCAAGGGUGCGAGAGGAGAACACGCAGAAGGUUCGUAAGGAGAACCUACCACUCCAUGGGACCCAACUAUGUAUGGCACGCGGAUGGCUAUGAUAAACUCAAGCCAUUCGGUUUGGCUCUUUCCGGGUGCAUCGAUGGGUUUUCGCGCAAAGUACUGUGGCUUGUUUGUGGACCAACGAAUAAUGACCCAACAGUGAUCGCUCACUAUUACUUAUCAUGUGUGCGAAACCUUGGUGUCAUCCCCAUGAGACUGAGGACUGAUUGCGGCACGGAGAACGGGACCAUGGCCGCAAUUCAGUGUACCCUACGCCACCACCACAAUGACUACUACUCUGGAGCGUCCAGCCACAUGUAUGGGUCAUCCACAAGUAACCAGAGGAUUGAGUCCUGGUGGUCCAUAUUCAGAAAGGGAAGGUCUCAGUUCUGGAUGGAGUUAUUUGCGGACCUUAGAGAUGCCGGACACUUUAACGGGAGUCAAGAGCAUCAGCGUCUACUGCGAUAUUGCUUCGGUGAGGUCAUUCAGAGGGACUUGGAUGAGUGUGUGAGACUGUGGAACAGUCACAGGAUUCGUCCCUCCAGAACAGCAUCAUGUCCAGGAGGAUUGCCUAAUGAGCUCUACUACUUGCCACACAGGUUUGGCUCCAGAGACUGUGGAUUUAAAAUUGAAGAAACUGAACUGGAUGCCUUUCCUGAGGCUCAGCUGACAAGAGCUCCAUGUGGGGACCCAAACAUGCAGGAGUACUUGGACUUAGCCAUGGAGCAAAAUAAUUUACAGAAGCCAGAUCACUGGCAGUCUUCAACUGAACUGUAUCUUAGACUAAAAGAAAUUGCUCAGCUCUGAAUUGAUUGCAGGUUUAUUGUAAAUGUACACAAAGUGUCUGAAUUUGACACCCAGUUUCAAUUUUCCAAAGUGGCAAUUAAACAAAUAAGAAUGCUAAUCGUUUUAGAUCCAUUAUUUUUCAUGUUAACUGAAAAAAAAACACAUUAAACUAGUCUCAGGGAUCUAGGGUUAGGUUGUGAAGUCAAAAACAGCCAAAUCCUGGACUAUUUUGCAUUCCAAAGUCCAUUUGUGUCUUAAACACUCCGUAAGAAUCUAGGAGUGGUAGUUUUAAGACAUUUCCACAAGUGUUUGCCAUUGGAAAUGGCGAGUUAUCUAGGAACUCUAAUUGUGGAAGUGGGUCUAAGCCAGCUGGGGGAAGGGAUCUCAGUCCAGUUGAAAACAUCAACACGUCCUCCACAGACACAGCAGCCUCUCCUU